AUGCCUCCUAGCGGGAAGGAGCGCAAGAGUGCGCCGGCGGUGACCGCCACCGGCCACAUCAGCGACCUCCCCGACCAGACGCUCCACCAUGUGCUCUCCUUCCUCCCGGUGCAGGUGGCCGCGCAGACGUGCGUGCUCGCCCGGCGCUGGCGACACCUUUGGAAGUCCACUACGGGCCUGCGCAUCGUCGGCCUCCAAGUUCAAGACCUCCGGAAGUUCAUGAACCAUCUGCUGGUCCUGCGUGGGCGCACCCACCUAGACACUGUUGAGAUCAAAUUCGAUCGUUAUGAUGAUGAUGAUGAUGAUGAUGAUGAUGUGCGCUAUGUGAACCUAUGGACCCGUUUUGCCGUGAUGUGGAAAGUUCGGGUGCUCACCCUUCAUAUCCUCAUUGGUAACAUUGUCUCUCAGCAUCUGGUAACAUUGGACCUUCAUUCUGUAGCCCUACCAAAGGCCUUUCUUGAUUUUGCUAGAUGCCCACAAUUGGUGAAUCUGAAGAUAGAUGAUUGCUUCAUCAAUGUCAAUAAGAUAUCUUCCUGUUCCCUGAAGCAUUUGAGCAUCACUGGUUGUCGAUCUGAUUUGGAUUUCCGAGUCCGUGUUUCUGCUCCAGGCCUUGUCUCUCUGGAACUAGAAGACUUUAUUGGUAUAACCCCUUUGCUUGAAGACAUGGCAUUACUGGAAGCCGCAUGUGUGAAUCUUAGUGAUAGAUGCAAAGAUGUCUGCUUGAAUUAUGACUCUGGUGUUUUCUGUGGAGCUAAGGAUAAUACAUGUAAGAAUUGUGUUCCUAUCAGUGAUAAUUGCAGCAGUGAUUGUGUGCUUCUGGGUGGUAUCUCACGUGCUAAACACCUCAAGUUGAUAUCUGAAAUUGGAAAGCCCAUUUUCACAAGAGAUCUGAAACACUGCCCUAAAUUUAGCAAGUUAAAGACUUUAUUACUUAACGAGUACUGGUGUGAGGCUCCUGACUUGGAUCCACUAGCUUGCAUUAUGAAAAACUCACCAGUUCUAGAGAAGCUCACUCUUCAACUCUUUUCCAAGGAUUCAGUUUCCAGUAAGGGUGAGAAGAUCCGGGUUGUUGUCGAUCUGCCAUGCCUCGACCAUUAG